AUGUAGCGGGUUCCUUAUCCAAGAAGUGGAGGCGGGACGAGCUGGAACCACAAGAGCCCCCGAUGAGCGGCGGUGGCGGUGGCUGUGGCAAAAAUGAUGCGAGCCUUGACCUCAUCAGCAGCCUUCCCGACGAGAUCCUAGGCAGCAUCAUCUCCCUCCUCCCUACCACCAAGGGUGCCGCGCAGACAUCUGUUCUAUCUUCCCGGUGGCGCCACCUUUGGCGCACUGCCCCGCUCAACCUUGUCAUUGACCAUAGCCUCCUCAGCCAGGAGGGAGAGUGCACCACCAUCGUCUCCAAGAUUCUCACCACUCACUCUGGCCCUGCCCGACGUCUCUCCUUCAACCGCCCUCGUGGCAUCCGCCUCCGCCGCGAGCUGUAUGGCAAAUUCGACGGCUGGUUCCAGUCCCCUUCCCUCAAUGGCCUUGAGGAGCUCUACUUGUCUAGCGACGACAAGUCGCCGUGCCCGCUACCGCCGUCCGUGCUCCGCUUCGCGCACAUGCUGCACAUUGCCAGCAUCGGUGGCUGUGAUUUUACCAAGAUUAAUGCUGCCCCCACACUUAGCUUCCCUCGGCUGAAGAAGCUCAAACUCUAUGAUGUCUCCAUCUCGGAGGCGACUCUCCACCGCCUGCUUGCCGGCUGCACUAUGCUACAGAGCCUUGAUCUUCGAUGGAUACGUGGGCUCUGCAGCAUCCGGAUUGUCUCGCCGACUCUCCGAAGUAUUGGCGUAUCUGUUUGUGACCACUGUGAUGAAGAGCCUGUGUUCCCGGAACUUGUUAUUGAGGAUGCACCUUGCCUUGAAAAGAUUGAUCCCACAUGGUUUAAGUGUUUGUCCAUUUCCUAUUUGCAUCGCAUUCUGUGUUUUCUUGAUGUGUCAGUGUAUCUUUAUUUUUUCCAGGAAAUGAUCCCCAUCUUGUUCACCGCGACGGUGCGCACGGUGAAGGUCUUAGUUCUAGAAUCUAUCGGCCCUAAUCUGGAUGCAAUUGUUGGAUUUCUUAGAUGCUUUCCCUGCGUGGAGAAGCUGUACAUUCGGUCACUUAUUAGGAAGGACAUGAAAAAUGCGCAGCAAUAUGACGUACUUGUUGAUCCUCUGGAAUGCCUUGAUCUUCAUCUCAGAGCAAUCGUGGUGAACACCUAUCGAGGCUUGAGACCAGACAUUAACUUUGCCAAGUUCUUUGUUCUGAACGCAAAGGCGCUCAAGGUAAUGAAAUUCGGUGUCUCUGCUAGUAACUGCAAUGAGCAAUGGAUGCCCGAUCAGCGCACAAAGCUACAACUGGAUAACAGCGCUUCUCGAGAUGCCCGGUUCGAUUUUGAGAGAUAUAAUAGUGAUGACGGCAUGCUUUUUGCCAACAAGAGGCACACGCAUGAUAUGUGGAUAGCUGAUCCCUUUGAUAGCUCACUAUGCAAAUGUUGUGGACCGUUUUGAUGCCCUUCUAUGCAGGAGUACCUGUUUAUCUUGUCAUCUCUCUGGUUCCAAACAUUCUGAUGUGUUUUAUUAUGUAAUGGGCUUCUGCAACCUACCUUCCGGCAUACACAUUCUAGUUGAAAAAUGGAAGAAGUGUGAAAGUGCAUGUGGAAGAGCUAUGUAAGAACUGGGUGAAAAUCUGGGAACUAAUUACCAGCUUGUCAUGAUAGACAUUUCAAUGUGGAACGCAGCGUAUUGGUUUGCUGAAGUGUUGGGCAAAAUCUGUAAUUAUCUAUGUCCAUGAAAGUGUGUAUUUAAAACAGCUAUGAUUUGUUUUGCCAAA